AUAAUGGAGUGAUGCUGUUAUCUCCUCAACUUUAUUAGGAAUUAUGAUCUGUAAAAUGCUCUCCACCCCAGAAAUUGAAACCAUCUCUGGUGCACUCUUCCAGGAGGAUAGUUGAGCCUUUUCCAAAUCUCCAAACGGGUCCAAACUAAUUCCCUGCCAAAACUAUCAGUGGAUUUCUUCGUUCUUAUCUCCCAUAAUGCCUUAUUCGAUUAUUGUCAAUGUCCUCCGUGCCUGCUCUUCUUCAGUCUCUUAAAACUCUUUAGUUUUUCAACUGAGCGAGUCAGAUGAGGCGCAGCCGCACUGGGGAAGUCGAGCAGGUCUGGCGCAAAAGCCUUCUCGUUUUCAGACUAAGCCGUGUGAUCAGCGUUUUGUAUGAUUUUAAAUGAUGGAAUAUGGAAAUUAUAACAGUUGACCACGGCUUUGUGGCUGUGGAGUGUUUACGAGGCAUGGCUUUCGUUUUCAAUUGUUUUUUUCUGUCCUGUGUGAGCAAUGUUUGGGGAAAUCAUGUGAAAUCAACGCAAACUGAGAAUAUCUAUUUGGAUAACAUCACGCGUGUAUUGGAUGGAUUACUAGAUGGAUAUGACAACAGACUGCGACCUGGAUUUGGAGGUCCAGUUACUGAGGUCAAAACAGACAUCUUUGUCACAAGCUUUGGUCCAGUGUCAGAUGUUGAGAUGGAGUACACUAUGGAUGUAUUUUUCCGUCAAACGUGGAUUGAUGAGAGGUUGAAAUUCGACGGCCCCAUCGAGAUUCUGCGUCUCAACAACCUCAUGGUCAGCAAGAUUUGGACACCAGACACAUUCUUCCGGAAUGGCAAGAGGUCCAUCUCUCACAACAUGACCACUCCCAACAAGCUGUUCCGCAUCAUGCAGAACGGAACUAUCCUCUACACCAUGAGAUUGACUAUAAAUGCAGAGUGUCCCAUGAGACUGAUGAACUUCCCCAUGGACGGCCAUGCCUGUCCUCUCAAGUUUGGUAGCUAUGCCUACCCCAUGAGUGAAAUUGUGUACACAUGGAAAAAAGGACCACUGUUCUCUGUGGAAGUACCAGAAGAGUCCUCCAGCUUGCUACAGUACGAUCUAAUAGGACAGACAGUGUCCAGUGAGAGGUUAAAAUCCAACACUGGUGAAUAUGUAGUCAUGACUGUUCACUUCCACCUACAAAGGAAGAUGGGCUUCUUCUUGAUUCAGACAUACAUCCCCUGUAUCAUGACCGUGAUCCUGGCUCAGGUCUCUUUUUGGAUCAAUAAGGAAUCGGUUCCUGCACGAACUGUGUUCGGCAUUACCACAGUGCUAACCAUGACCACACUCAGCAUCAGCGCCCGCCACUCUUUGCCCAAAGUCUCUUACGCCACGGCCAUGGACUGGUUCAUCGCUGUGUGUUUCGCCUUCGUCUUCUCAGCCCUCAUUGAGUUUGCCGCAGUCAACUACUUUUCCACGCUGCAGGCCAACCGGGAGCUCCGCAAGGCGGCCUCCAUUAAGGCAGCCCAGGAGGCAGCAGAGGCCGGGAGGACCGACGGAGAGUCCUCUUUGGAUGCCAGCAGUAUGCUGAAGAAGAGGUUAAACUCCACGCCUCACUUUGAGAGGCCAGCGGAGGUGUUCCCUAACCCUCCAGUGAAUGCCCAAGCCUUCCUCCAGCAAGGCUCAGCCGUGCCGUCCAACAACUUACUGACGGGCACCAGCAUCAUAGACAAGUACUCGCGCAUCCUCUUCCCUCUGUCGUUCGGGGCCUUCAACCUGGUCUACUGGAUCGUCUAUCUCACUAAGGACACCAUGGAGAUGACAAGGGACAGCGUGUGAGCCACCUGCAGGAGUGAGCCCCAUCACUGAUCACAUACGCACAUGGAUGCACACACACACACACACACACACACACACACACACACACACACACACACACACACACACACACACACACACACACACACACACACACACACACACACACACAAUUGUUAUCUUUAUGCUGCCUCCAUACAUCAUUUCAGUGUGUGAGGAUUUGAAGGGCUUUGCCAACUCUUGACCUGGGAGCUCAUGUUCACUCAUAGCUUGGUCUCUCAGUCUAUUUAAGAAAGGUAUUCAAUCUCUUUUUCUCUCGCACAUCCCUCUGCGUCUUCCCCCCUGAAGAGACAAUGUGCAUUCGUACUUCUCUUCCAUGUGUAAUGCCCUUUCCCUGUCGCUGCCUGAAUCAGUGGGUCUUUCCAAGAAGUAGCUGAGUGUUUGCCACAGGUCUGGAGGCAGUGGAGGCUCUUUGUCUGUAUAAAACGACACACGGCUUGGCACCGUCUACCCUGGACAGUACUGGCACCGUCUACCCUGGACAGUACUGGCACCGUCUACCCUGGACAGUACUGGCACCGUCUACCCUGGACAGUACUGGCACCGUCUACCCUGGACAGUACUGGCACCGUCUACCCUGGACAGUACUGGCACCGUCUACCCUGGACAGUACUGGCACCGUCUACCCUGGACAGUACUGGCACCGUCUACCUUGGACAGUACUGGCACCGUCUACCCUGGACAGUACUGGCACCGUCUACCUUGGACAGUACUGGCACCGUCUACCUUGGACAGUACUGGCACCGUCUACCCUGGACAGUACUGGCACCGUCUACCUUGGACAGUACUGGCACCGUCUACCCUGGACAGUACUGGCACCGUCUACCCUGGACAGUACUGGCACCGUCUACCCUGGACAGUACUGGCACCGUCUACCCUGGACAGUACUGGCACCGUCUACCCUGGACAGUACUGGAACACACCUGAGGGGAGUCAUGUGUGCUGACUGACUGACUGACUCUCUCCUCCCAAUUUCAACAUCGCCAUCUUUCUCUAUUUUUCGGUUCAUUGGUUUAUAUUCACUCCUCUCGUGGAACAUUUCUUCAAAGGGUUCUUAUUGGUUCCUCAACAAUAUUCCCUCAAAAAUGUUUAGGCACUGAGCAUAUUUCAGGUCUGCUGAGCGCAAAAUUGAACAUUGUGAGAAUUCUGUGCAAUUUCCAGCACACGUUUACUAAGUGAACACUGAGGCUGUACCCACUUUAAGUUAACAUUUUAAGAGUGGCCAAAUAGGCUACUGUGGCUAUUUGAUCAUAAUGUAAACCUACCAGGGUGGCCUACCAUCAAAAACAGUGGAGAACAUACAUCCCAUAACAUUUUAACAUGGAAAUAGCUGUUCUAUCGUUUAGCCUACAGUAGCAGCCAAUUUGUGGUGUUCAACGUAGACCUACAUUCCAUGAGACUUUUGAAAAAACAUGCAAGGCUUGACAUUAACCUGUUUAUCCACUUGACCUUCAGACAAGGAGGUGACUGAAAAUGUUGUUCUGUUGUUUGUUGCAAGAAUCCACUUUACAAAAUAAAUUGCAUUAUUAUUCUCAUACCAUUAUUACAGAGAAUCAGAUAAAUUAUGCUACCCUCUGCCUAUUGGCUACUUAGCUUAUUCAAGCCUGUCUCAAAAUACAACACUGCCCCUUUUAAGACAAAAAAAAGCUCUUUACCUGACUCGCUUUUCAAAGAUGAUCUUUGUGCUCUUGUAGGAAACAAUCAUUCCCCUAUUGCUGACUACAAAUUAUCUAUAACUGGUAUAAUAACUCACUAACUAGCAAGGAUAUGAACAAAAUGUGCACGUGGCUACAUGCAGCUCUUGCUUUGAACUCAAAACAAGCUCAUCUACUCACGACUGCUCAUGCUGUUAACAUAGUCCAGUUCAACGUAAAUGGCACAGAUCCAUUUAUGGCAAUGGUUCAUUUGCAUAUAGGCCUACUGCAGCUCUGUUUGGUUAUGCUGCACUGGUCUGUGUAGUUCAUUUGGUUUCGGUAUGUUGCAUUGAAAGUGGCUAAUAUUGCAUUGAUUCGAUCACAAUUGCCACAGUAAAGGGAAACAAUAGUGUUAACUAACAGAGAAAACUCUAGAAAGUUGAGUGAAGUUCAAUCUCGUUCUUCUCUCUGUGGGCUGAUAUUUCUUCUUCGCGGCAGUCCCGGGGAGCUGCUUAGCAGUCUCUGGGCUACUGCUUGCCCUCGGGCAGCUUACAAUCAACAUUGUUCCUCACAUAUAGUUUAAUAUUCACAGUUAGACACACACACACAGUAGAAAUACAAGACACACACACACACACACACACACACACACACACACACACACACACACACACACACACACACACACACACACACACACACACACACACACACACACACACACACACACACACACACACACACACACACUCAUUCACAAACACUCGCACAACCACACACAUACACACUCGCACAACCAAACACACACACUGUCUUGGAAGACAGUAAAAUCAUUGGCCUCUCCACACAGGUCAUAGAGCCAUCACAGGGCCUGUAUUUGUUGGCAUCCACCACCUCAAACUAAACCCUGGACUUUAAGGCAUUCACAAUCUUCUUUCCUUGCUAACUUUCCUUGGAUAUAUUUGGCGUAUCGAAUCAUAUAAAUAUAGUUCCCUGGCAACAGCCUGCCUCUCAAUCUAUGGAUGUAUUCUUUAAUGUCAGUGCUGUGCUGUUUGUGUUCAUGUUUUCCCUUUUUCUACUUUUAUGUAAUUGCAUCUGUCAUGAUUGGACUGGGAAGGAUGCUAAAGUGGUUUGUGGUUGGCAAUUAUUCAUUAAAUGGCAGCUUUACAUUUAAUUUAUAACUGAAUCCCCUCAUAAGCAAUUAUGCAAAAUGCAUUAAUAAAUUAGCUACUUUCUGGAUUUACAUAUGAUUAUGCACCAUUUCCAAUUAAAAUAAAGAAGUAAACCAUUAAAUCCACACGGUAGCGCCAUCUAAAUAUAUCCAACAUUGAUAUGUGUGUGUUUAUUGGUUAUUCAUGACUGUGUCGUUCCACUGGUUGCCUCCCUCAGCAAAACAUAUUGCAGCUUAUCAACACACUUCACCAUCACAACACUAUCAAGCAUCUCUUUCACUGUUUCAUAAAGUCUAUUAAUAGUCCUCCAGUUUUUUUUAUGUCCCCCUCCCAAUAUUGUGAGAACUUUUGCUAAGAAAAAGUAUAAGGACUGCCUCUGUAGCUCAGUUGGUAGAGCAUGGUGCUUGCAAAGCCAGGAUAAUGGGCAGACCACUCAUACAUAAAAUAUAUGCACGCAUGACUGUAAGUCGCUUUGGAUAAAAGCAUUUGCUAAUUGGCUUAUAUUAUAUUAUUAUUAAAUUGAACCCUCCUCUUCUUUUGAUGUGGAGUCUGGAGAGACAGGACACUUCAGCAGUGACUACACUGGAAGGCCCUGGAAGGGACUCCUUGACAUUAGACUGGCUGAAUCUUAACAAAGAGGCAAAGAAGUGGCUGAUGUAGAGCAGCGACUGAAUAGCCCUAUUGAAAGGGCUAUUCAGUUGAAUGAAACGAGAAGGGGGGGGCUGUAUCAAUGACCUUAUUGAUUUCCCUCAACCUGCCUGAUCAUCUUCAACUCACUGGUCUCUAUGGGGGACCAGCACUAGCAUGACCUGUGACCCUUUAGUGUCCUCCUUAGGAGUUUGGAUUGUGGGGGUUGUGAGUGUCGAAGACCAUGACAACAUUAUAUUUCACUAAAGACAUGGCUUACAUUGAUUUCUAACCAGUAUUAUUUGCUCGUUUUUUAUUCACAGGCUAAGAAAAGUGUGAAUAUGAAACAGUUUUAUCGUAAACACUGCUAUUUGUGUAUAUUUGUGAAUAUUUCAUGAUCAAUGUAUUUAUAGACUUAUAUUUUUAUUUCUUGGGAACCCUGCUUGACGGCUAUUAUCUUAAUUAUUUGUACUGAUCAGGGCUGGGUUUCCCAUAAACAUCGCAGCACUAAGAUCGUCUUUUGUUCAUUUAGUUUCAAUGGAAUUAAGAUGCCAUACGAUGCUUUUUGGAAACCCAGCCCUUAAAUGUAUUGCAGCGUUUGUAUAUAAUGAUAUUUUAGCAAAUGAUUUUGUGCACCACAUUAUAUUCUCUAUUCUGCACAUUGAAAUCCAUCUGUUGUUUUUUUCCCUUGGAGCCUCCGUUUUUUUAUUGCCAUAGAAAACAAUAUUUUGGUGUUUAGACGUUCGGUAGUUUUAUUAACAAUCUCCACAUAAAUACUUUCCCUCAGGAUUGUGCAAAUAUUAUCAUGUUUAAUAAAUCCAAAUGAUGUA